AUGCGGUGGUCACUUACCGAAGUGAAGGCCAAGGCUGAGGAGAAGAAGGACAACGCUAGGACAGCGUUCUCGAGUUGGGCAGCGUUCAAAGAAUGGGUUCAGGUUUCCGAUACAGCCUUGGACGAGCAUGGCCACAAAAUCUCUGGACCGACCUGGUCCAACGAAGAUCUUGAUCCCACGCCACCGGAGAAACGAACAUGGCGAUGGUGGAACUUCGUGAUCUUCUACUGGGGCCUGUCCUUUGGCAACUGGACGUUGGGGAGCACAAUGAUUGGUAUAGGGCUCAACUGGUGGCAGGCUAUCUUGGCCAUAUUCCUCUCCCAGCUGAUAUCCUCCAUCGCCAUGUUCUUCAACUCGCGAUGCGCUAGCGUCUACCAUAUUGGAUACCCAGUGGUUGGAAGAAGUGUCUUUGGCAUGUGGGGAUCGUACUACUUCGUUGGUGUGCGUGCGGCGCUGGCGAUUAUCUGGUACGGCGUGCAGCUCUAUUCGGGGUCAGCGCUCUUGGUCAAUAUGCUACGCGCCGUGUUCGGACAUGCCUACACUUCUAUUCCCAAUCAUAUUCCGGAGAGCAUGGGUAUUACCUCAGCUGGCAUGCUGGCAUUCUUUCUCUUCUGGUUGAUCCAUCUACCAUUGACAUUCUUUCGCCCAUAUCAAUUGCGACAGUUCUUUUGGUUCAAAGCAAUCAUCAUGUUGCCCGCCAUCUGGGGUCUCUUCAUCUUCUGCAUGGUCAACACCAAGGGCAAUAUCGGCCUCGGACACUUGAAUAACACUUCUUCUGCCAAGUCGGACGGCUGGGGAUGGUUUUUCGUAUGGUCUAUCAAUGCUGGAAUGGGCAACACUGCUACCCUUAUCACCAACCAGCCUGAUAUCGCUCGUUGGAGUAAGACAAAGACUGGGGCCAUGUGGUCGCAGCUUCUGUCGAAUCCGAUCGCUGUCACACUCUCGGCAAGUCUGGGUAUCCUUUCAACCUCAGCAAUCAACAACGCUUGGAGUCUCCAACUUUGGAAUCAAUGGGACUUGUUGGAUGCCAUCAUGACACGAUACUGGUCUGCAGGCACUCGCACAGCUGUGUUCCUGGCCGCGGCGGGUUGGAUGGUGUCCAUUCUUGGCACAAACAUCGCCGCCAAUAUGAUCCCAUUUGGCUCUGACAGUUCCAUGCUUUUCCCGCGAUACAUCACCAUACCACGCGGCCAAUUCAUCGUCGAGUGCCUUGCUUUCGCGAUCUGUCCGUGGAAAAUCCUGACCAGCGCCUCGGUAUUCACGACGUUCCUCAGCGGAUACGGCCUCUUCAUGGCUUCGGUGGUUGCGAUCAUGAUCUGUGAUUACUUCCUGCUCACGCGCGGGAAUGUCUUCAUCUCGCAUCUGUACGAUGGGUCAAAGGACAACAAGCAUUACUACUAUACCAUGGGCUGGAACUUGCAGGCGGUGUUUGCGUAUAUCGUUGGAAUCGCUCUCCCUUUCCCUGGCUUCGUCGGAACCCUUGGACCGCACGUCAGUGCCGCAGCGCAGGAUCUCGGUCAUCUCGGAUGGAUGCUCAGCUUCACGGUGUCCUUUGUCGUCUACUACGUUGUGUGCUUGAUAUGGCCAACGCAGAACCAGAAGAUCAUUCGAGAGAUGGGUCUCGGCUUCGAGGAGAUGAGCUACAGGUCGAUCAUCGCAGUCGACGGCACUGCAAUCACCGAAGACAUGGAAGGCCACCCCCAUCCCGAGAUGCUGCACUUCUACGGCGGCGGUGGCGGUGGCGGCGACAAGAAGAACGCAGCAGAGUCGAUCGUCCCCUCAAGGUCGAUAGAUUAA